AUGGAGGAUUUGCUAAAGGUAUCGUUUAUAUACAUAAGUGAAUUGGGGAGAUUGUUAUUGUUUCCUGACAGAGUUAUGAGAGUUGAGGAUCGAGCAGCAAAUAUAUGUACCAUUUUUGUCAGCAAAAAACUUGCCGAUUUUCUCAGUGAAAGUCAAAAUUCCCGACAGCCGCCACCUCAUGGUACAUUGCUGUUUGAUCCUCGCUCCGAUGAGUUAGCAGAAACUGAUGCAGAGGAUGACAAUGAAGAUGAAAGCUCCAAAACUUAA